AAACAAUUUGUCUGUAACUUGCACCUCACGCCGUGUCGUCGUGACAUUUUCAGUAAAAAUAUAAAUUAUUCUAUCAAACAAUACACGAUGAGCGCCACACAGAAACGAAAAUGUUUUCUCGAUCCGUGUCAUAGCAAGUGCAUAAACUUAUCGAAGCUGCAAUUGUCGAGAAUGAAAUUGAAAAUGAAAUUGGAGCUACGGACUUUGAAAAAGAUAGCAGAUGAAGUUGUUCACGAAGGCGAUAGUUCCUAUGUUGUCGUCGUUCCUGCUAAUGUGUACGAGAAUCCAUUGGACACCAUACCAAUUCAAUCGUUUGAAGGAAUAAAUGGAUGUUAUGGUUCAGCCACUGAGGAGCAAUUGAAAUCGUUUUUUGGCGAAAAUAUUCCGUACAAUACAACGGCCGGUGCAAAAGAUCUUGGCACUUCAGCGCGUAUGGAAACGGAGCCUACGAAAGAAACGCUACCAUCGCAGCAAUUGGAAACCGUUCCCACUCCGGGAAAAUCUGUGAAUACUCCACCAGCAUCAUUUCCGGUUGAUGAUAUUGAAUUACAAAAUGCCAUUUGGAACAUAGCUCCGGAGUUGAGUUUAGAAGAUACGACUGCUCCGACCGAUCAAAUGAGUUUUGACGAUUUUUUGAUGGACCAUGCUGACCAUGAUGAUACAGGCGUUUUAUUUGAUUUAAGUUAAAUAAUUUCGUCAAUCUAUGUUAUUGAACCGAUCUGGUCUUGGAAUAAAUAUUUUUUUUCUUGUUGUAAUCAGAUAUCUCCUCGGUUCAUCCAAGCAAAUAUUUCUCGGACAAAUUGUUUCGCAACAGAGUACAGCGUAUUGAUCUCCCCAUGCCCCAUCCCAAUGAACUAUCUUUUAAGUAAUUAAAUACACAUCCAAGCAUUACAGAACCAAUUAGAUACAUCUAUGUUUCCAUGCAAUCUUAUCAUCCACUUCCAUAAUAUUGAGCAUAGAACAAUAGAUUCGGUCGUCGAGAAGAGAAGGAAAAAAACAAAACAAAACACAAAAUGUGACAUGAUUUCGCUUCAAUA